AUGGAGAAGCUCAUACUACGAGGUGUCAUGUGGGGGGCCGACAAAGUCCCUGACCACUGGUUUGAGAAGAUUCCCGGCGGCUUCUACAAAGACAAGGAGGGCAACACCCACGAGAAACCGGAGAAGAGCGAGGACAUGAGGAAGCACCGCAGCAGUCGUCGCUAUAGCGAAGACGACGACUACGAGGACAGCAGAAGGUCGCGCCGGGAGGACCACGACGAUGGAUAUCGCUCUGAUGGCCAUGGCAGACAUUCGCACCGGUCGUACGAUGGGCCUGAUGACAGCUACGACACCGUCAACGAUCGACCACGGAGACGACGAAGCAGAGCCGACAGAUACAGAAACGGCGGCGAGACCGAUCGGCCCAAGCGAGCGCCCAGAGAACAUCGCAAUGGUGACCCCGAACUGAAUGGAGCCUUCUCAUAUCACAACGGCCCAGUCGAGCCUCCGUUGAGCCCAUUAAGCCCGCAGGCUGCUGCAGCCGCCGCCGCUGCUGGUGCUGGCUACAUGUAUCCCGGCGGGUCGAUAGCCUCCAAUCCCGCCAGUCCGCUACCACCAGCAGGGCAACCAAAUCCUGCGAGCCAGUCGACGUCCACCCUGCGUGGAGGCAUGGCCACGGGAUAUGUGCCGUACGCCAACAUCUACGGCCAGCCUCAGCAACCCCAAUAUCCGCCACCAGCUUCCGAUACUGGCUCUGUCCAGCCCAACUUCAUGAACCAGGUCGCGCCCCCGGUGGCAAAGCAGCCCUACCAGCAGAACCCGUUUGCUCAGGAAGCACCUGUUGGAAGCCAGCCGAGCUACGUGCCAGACCCUUACUAUACCGCGAGACGUUACGAUGAAAGCUACGGCCAGCCCUACGACGAGCGCUAUGAUGGGUAUGACGCCGAGACGGAGCGUCCACAUUCGCGCUCACCAUCACGACGACAUUCCCGACGAGACGAUUACUCCCCCGACAGCUAUGACCACCGCAGCGACCUUCGCCGAGCGCGUAGUGAGCGCCGCCCCGACGAUGGCCGGGCACCGCCUGGCAGAGGUAAGUCCGGAAUCCGAGAGGCGUUCGACACAUCCCAACGAGGACUUGGAUAUUCCGCCGUGGGGGCAUUGGCAGGAGGCCUGGUCGGCAGUGAGAUUGGAAAAGGCCGCGUGCCCGCUGCGAUAGGUGCUGCUGUGGGAGCUCUUGGUGCUAACGCUUUCCAAGCUAGGGAGAGGUAUGUCGACACCCGUCGCGGACCGCCGCUGAGCGCGCAGAUGCCGUCGAUGCCACAACAACCGCCGUCGAGGAAGAAGGAGGGCCGACGACGGUCUGAGUACGUGAGGGAUGAUGGGCAUGCGCAUAGGGGCGGGAAAUCGGGAUACUACUCGGACUAG